GCCAUGCAUGAUCCACCUCGUCCGCUCAAGCACGAAAGGCCCCACGAAAUGGUCCGCCAGAACAAGCGCAUCAAGAACUCGAAUGACGUUGCAAAGCAUCGAAAGUCGCCUCCUUCGAAUGAAGACGGUGGUGAGGGUGGUGGCUCCGUGAACCGCACGCUGUACGUUCAGCUCCUACUCAACGAUCCUGCUUUGGUGCAUCAUGCUCAACAUCUGAAGGAAACGUGGACCGAUACCACCACGUGGGAGGUUGACAAUGACAUUGGUCAAACGUCGCUCGUCCUGCUGAGCAUGAAAAUCCAGUCCCACAUUCAGCUUCAAGUGGUCAAGGAUAUCCUAUCCUCGAGCGAUGUUGGUGCUUCCGCAGGCAGUGCGAGUUGCACGCUCCAGAUGAAAGAUAUCAACGCCAAACGUGGAAAGUGCCUACGCUUAACCCUUCGACUGUCGGAAGAAUUGCAAGCAUUUCUCGCCAAGACGAGCAACUCGAUCCAACUCAAGCUUGCGAGUCACGGCAUCCACGCAAGCAAUCGAUUCGACGCCAACGCCAUCAAGAAGCUUCGCCCGGUAGUUCUCUGGUCGCUGAACGAAACGUCCCCGUUCCAGUCUCUCCACGACAAGAUAGCCGAGACGAACCGCCAAAGGUGGAGUGCACCGCUCGACCUGCGCACUCUUGUGCUGGCAGAGACGCACACCUUAGAAUCCAUCCUCUCGGUGUGGACGCUCGGUUCGUCGCAGGCUAAACCAGCACUAGCCAGUACGUCCUUGCGCUCGGCUUUGCAAGACCAGGUGCCUCUCGAACCGAAGACCGUCGUUAUCAUGCGUGGUCAGCCGGGUAGUGGCAAAAGCACGCUCUCACGAACGAUCCAAGCAAUGGCUCGCUCGCUCGGCCAUGACGUUGCUGUGUGCAGUGCUGACACGUACUUCGACACCCCACUGGGGUACUACCACGAUAAAUCCCAACUCACUGCCGCCCACGACGCGUGUAAGCGAGCAUUCUCCGACGCCAUCGAGGCGUCUGCGCCAGUCGUUAUUGUGGACAAUACACAUUCGUGCCUGUGGGAGUACGAGCCUUACCGCACCGCCGCGUUGGAAGCGGAGUACCGCGUCGUGGUGGUCGAAGUCGGUUGCGAUGACGUGUCGACGGCAAUUCGCACGGGGCUGCGCAACUCCCACGGCGUAGGCAUCGACGUCAUUCUGCGCAUGCACCAUCGGUGGGAGCCGCACGUGUCUGUCCAUCCCAACGAAGUCCACGUGCUGUUCGAGCCGUCGUUCAGUCUUGCCGACAACCGCCGCGCCGUCGGCCUACUCCUGCAAGGCGACGUGUAUAUUGCAGCGAUCUAUUUCUCCAACGAGACACGACAGGUGCUCCUGGAACGAUUUCCUCCCAAGCACGCCCACGUGAUUGCCGAACACAUGACGCUUGCGUUCCGGCCAUCCCGCGAGUUUGUUGAGUCGUUGCCUCUGGGACAGCACAACGAUAUGAUGCAAAGGGCCAUUGCGUGA